GCUCUCCAACAGUUACAUUCAAUCCACACUCAGACUCGGACCCGCAAGGAAGCUCAAGCAUCUGACUUGCCGUGCGCAAGUACUGCACCCUCUUUUUACAUUUCAAAAGCCAUUACGCGCCGUCAUGUCGUUUUUUCAAACCGGAGCAUCUACCACAACCACUGCAGCUCUAGACAAGGAUAUUGAAGUACCGGAGCCGCCGUCUGACUCUAUUUCGUCGCUUGCUUUCUCUUCAGCAGCAGAUUACCUAGCUGUAGGAAGCUGGGAUAACAAUGUUCGUUUAUAUGAAGUUGGGGCCAAUGGGCAGACACAGGGGAAAGCUAUGUACGGGCACCAAGGGCCAGUACUAAGUGUAUGUUGGAAUAAGGAAGGAAAUAAAGUGCUCUCAGGCGGCGCAGACAAUGCUGCUCGCAUGUUCGACAUCACCAACGGCCAGUCUCAGCAAGUCGCCCAACAUGAUGCGCCUGUAAGAGUCGUCAAGUGGAUAGAAACACCUCAAGGUGGAAUCCUUGCAACUGGAAGCUGGGAUAAAACCAUAAAGUAUUGGGACUUACGAACGCCAAACCCCGUGGCUACAGUACAACUCCCAGAACGCUGCUACAGUAUGGACGUACAGUAUCCCUUGAUGGUUGUUGGCACUGCCGAACGUCAUCUUCAAAUAUUCAAUUUGACUAACCCCAACACACCCUAUAAAACAAUGAUCUCUCCACUUAAGUGGCAAACUCGUGUGGUAUCUUGCUUCACCACGUCGCAAAAUAGCGGAUUCGCAAUUGGUAGUAUAGAGGGUCGCGUCGCCAUUCAGUACGUUGAAGAAAAAGAUUCGUCGAACAAUUUCUCUUUUAAAUGUCAUCGUCGAGACCAAACACCCAACUCCAAGGAUCAAUCUCUAGUGUACGCGGUGAACGAUAUAUCUUUCCACCCUGUACACGGAACAUUCUCUACUUGUGGGUCCGACGGAACCAUCCACUUCUGGGACAAAGACGCACGCACCCGGCUAAAAACGUUCGACGCCUGCCCCGGCCCUAUAACUGCGACAACAUUCAACCGCAAUGGCACCAUUUUCGCAUAUGCCGUGUCUUACGACUGGUCCAAAGGUCAUAGUGGGAUGACGCCUGGCCACCCCAACAAACUCAUGCUGCAUGCAUGCAAGGAGGAGGAAGUCAAGAAACGUCCAGCAAAGAAGUAGAAUAGGGCAUUUUGAGCGUAGCUGUUCUAUGAACCCU